AUGAAAUCAACUAUUUCUAGUAUUUCCAGCAUAUCAAAUAAUUGCAGAGCUUUUUGCAAAUCUGAAUAAUCAAUCACUCCUAUGAGAGUACCUUACAAAGGUGGUUCUCAAUUAAAUUGUCUUUCCAAAAAAUCCUAUCACUGUGGGAAUCUUAUAGAGUCUAUUCUCAUCGAAUAUAAAUAGUUAUGCUAAUGGGUUAUUCAUGAAAUAGCAUUAAAAUUGGAUUAAAAUCAAAUAAUAUCUAAAAUCAACACUUAAUUGUCCUAAUUUGAAAGAUUUCUUUCUAAAAAAUUGGAUAACUACACACAAGAAAUAUCCACUCUAAAAAUGAUCCAUUCAGAAAAUUAAAUCACCAUAAAUUAAUUGAAUGUUUCAAAUGAAGAUCUUAAAGUAAAAUUAAAAUAAGUCUCAAAUAAUGUUAGUGAUUAAUUUUCGACAUACACUCCUCUAAAGAAGAAACAAAAUUACUCUAUAGAAUUAAUAACCAAAUAACCAUUAAGAAACAUUAGUUAUUCAGUAUAAGAACCUGGUCACGACAAAGAAAACAUAGAUAUCUCUUUGAAAAAGAAGUCUUCACAUAAACCAAAAUUUAGAAUUUGA